UGUGUAGACGUGUACUUUGGGCUCCGCUGAAAAUAUUGUGAAUUCGCCAAGUAAUUGCUGCUGUUAAAAAAUUUCUAACUACAAUUGGCUUAGUACAUAUUACGGUUUUAAUUUGCCUACACCAUGGCGAGUAUAAAUCAAAGCGAAUCUUCGACUCAACCGACUAUCAACAAUCAACUCGUAGUCGAGGGAUCAAAAAUCAAAUGGAAUGGCUCCUUCGAAGAUCUGAAAGCUUUUACCGAGCUGCGCUUGGGUUUAGGAGGCAACUGGACAUCACCUGGUGGAUCAACUAAGCUCUUUAGCAGCGAUGAAAUAACAAUAAAAUACUCGAAGAAAUCGUUAGUAUUGUCAUUCGAAGGCGAAGCCUCUCUGAAAAUCAAAGACCUAGUCAAAGACAUAUAUCUAACUAAUAAGGCAGCAUCUGAACACAUAGCGGACGGUGAACCCUUGACCGAAACGAGAGAGACUGUGGAAAGCGAUAGCGAAUUACUCGAAUCACAAACAGGCGGCGAAGCCAUUGCAAAACAUCAAAGCUCAAAGAUCGGGAAUUUGCAUUUCAUCUCGGAGUCAACAGACAGUAAUUUGCAUACAAACUCACGAGACUGUAACCUGAACACUGAUAAGAUACAGCUAAAUGAUCAAAACUACACAAGUAAUUUAAAUAGUACAAACUUCAACAAAAACCCAAAAGAAGUUUACGAAAUUGAAUCUAAGCUAGAGAAAUAUACCCAGAGUGUUACUCAAAAACUAGAGGCUCUUGCUGAUGAAAUUUCAACAAUUAAAGAAACUAAAGAGAACAAAGCAUAUGCUAUCCUGGUCUUAGAGGACGUUGUUAACGAGUUAAGGAAGGAAAAACUGCAACUUAACCGGGAAAAUAACGAGCUAAAAGAGAAAAAUAGGAACUUGUUCCAAUCUCUGUCCGAAGCUAGAGCUAAAGUACUGGACCUCCAGGAAGAGAAAUCGAGUCUGAUGACCUCACUGAAGCUGGUCCAACGUGAAAAAGUUCUACCGGCGGAGAGGGAGAGAAUUAAAGAACUGGAAACUGAGAACGAUAGUUUAAGAGCAGCUGCAAGAUCCCUACAAGAAGACCUCAAUGAUGGAAGCAAAACACAGAAACGGGAUUAUACCAAAGUAAAGAGCUCUAGUAAAGAUACAUCUGAAAGCGUUUUUGAGUCAAAGAAUCGGUACGAAGUCCUCAGCAUCAGUGAUCAAGAAGACGAUGCCAAUGAUUCUGUGAGCAAAGUAUCUUUAGACAAAACCUUGGAAACUGGUCAUCGGAAUGAGAACACUAACACAACUUAUAAAGGCACAAAAUCCAAGCGAAACAUCCUACUAAUUGGAGAUUCAAUGAUCAAGGAUAUUAAUCCUCACAAGAUAUCAAAAAGCUCAGUUCGAAAAAGAGCUGGGAAAAGAGCUGAGGAAAUAGCAAAUGAAUUCCAAAAAGCUCAUGUGCAUUCCUCUCCCACAGAUGUUAUCAUACACGCUGGAACGAAUAACUUAAUACAGAACUCGAGUAAAGAAUGCUGCGACAAUAUUAAGCAUCUAAGCUCCACAGUACAAAACAAGUUUAAAGAUGCCAGAAUCGCAAUAUCUGGCCUAAUAUCGAGAGGAGAUAUUGACGUAGCAACAAAGAUUCAUGAAACCAAUAAAUUACUAUACAAUCUAUGCAAGAAAAAAGGAUAUACAUUCAUCGCAAAUAAGAACAUAGACGAAUCCUGCCUCAAUGGCUCUAAGUUACACCUUAAUACAAAGGGAUCAGCGCUCCUGGCUGUCCAUUUUAUCAAAUUUCUUCGGCGACUUUCACAUCCAACUGUUGAGGAUUUUCCGAAGGAACUUCAUCAUCUGGGGGAGCUUCUGAGGAUGAUCAUACCACAGACGCCAAGGAAAAGAAUUCAUCGUUAG